AUGGAUCAAAAGUGUAAGAAUUCUAAUAUGAUGGUACCAAACAGUGGGGACCCCCGGCUGCGAGAUACCACAUUGGCUACUGGGGAAGAGCACAAGGAUAAUCAUAAUAGCGGCGGUAUUGAUGACGCGGAUGGGACAAAUCCUUCUGGACACCUGCCUGCUGAUGUAGCGACCAGCGAACUGAGAUCCCUGCGCUGCAUAAAAGUCACAAAAAUUGGAACAUGGAAUGUAAGGGGGAUGAACAUUGGGAAGUUGGACACCAUCAAUAAAGAAAUGAAUCGGUUAAACAUCGAUAUCCUGGGAGUCAGCGAAGUUCAUUGGACUGGCAAUGGUUUCUUCAACUCUGGUGAUCAUACAAUGUACUUUUCAGGCAAUAAUAAGACCAGACAACAUGGAGUGGGAUUUGUUCUAUACAAGAAAAUAUCCAAGUGCGUUGAAAGUUACCAGACCAUGAGUGAUCGAGUGAUUACCAUUCGCAUCAAAGCCAAACUCAACAACAUCACAUUGCUACAAAUCUACGCGCCAACUGCCGACGCCGAAGAAGAUGAGAUUGAACAAUUCUAUGCAGAAAUUCAGGGCGCAAUCGAGGAAACAUCACGAGCAGAUGUUGUGUAUAUUCUGGGAGAGUUCAAUGCCAAAAUUGGAGAAAGGGCAGAAGCAGACAUCGUUGGCAAAUUUGGAUUAGGAGAACGGAAUGAAGCAGGAGAUCGACUGGUACAAUUUUGUCAAGAACAACACAUGCGGUUAACCACUACUUGGUUUCAGCAACCAAGAAGGUUAUACACCUGA